AGUACUAGACUAGAGGAGUGAGCAAAGCGGAGGCCACUCCUCCCUCCUUCCCUGCGCCGCCGGCCGAUCCACUCGCGCGCCUCGUUCGCCGCCCGCUAUGGAGCGCGUUGGCGGCGGCGGCGGAGCCGGCGAGGCGCGGGGUGCAGCCGCGCCGCCCCCAGUGGCGGCGGCAGAAGCAGGAGGCGGAGGCGGAGGCGGGACGGUGAAGGGGAAGUCCUGCAAGGGCUGCCUCUUCUACUCGUCGGUGCUCAGGUCUCGCGAGCGCGGCCCCAUCUGCGCCGGCAUCACCCGCGCCAUCCCCCAAGUGCCUGAUCGCAUGGUUGGGGAAAUCGAAAUGGAAGCUAUCCAAGAAGGUCGCAAUCUUUCCGACUUCAAAUAUGCAUGCGUCGGCUAUUCCAUGUACCUGGAUGACAAGGAGAAUUCUAAAGGGAAAGGUGACAAGCAUGCACAACUGCCUAUCUGUGUUGGAAUUGAGCUAUUGGCUGAUAGGAGAACUUCAACCAAUCAAGCUUCAACCCACCGUAAAAAGGAAGAUCCCCAAGGACCCAAACCACGGCGAUAUAAACCUGGACACAGAGGAGAUGAUUUCUUAACAAAAUUUCAGAGGAACGCUGGACUUGUGGCCAAUGGUGUAGCAAGGAACAUAAAUAAAGUUGGAGCCUACAUCAAAGACACCAUGGAUGAUAUCAUGUAUCCUUACCGCAAACGUCCCAAGUAAACUCUAGGUCUGGUUCUUCUUAAAUCCUAGAGUGGAGCAGACAAAUGGGGGAGUGUCGAAUCCAUUGUUUCCUGAACACCUGGCUGUCAUUGAGGCCCUCCAGGCAGUAUAUGGAGACCAAGUUGCACUCUAUCCCGCUAGCUGUUUGGUGCCUUCAUAUCAUAUUUUUUUGCCCUAGCCUUCUCUCGCUAUUGCAAUGGCUUCAUUUUGAUGGGUUCCUUCCAGCAAUGUAUAGGAUGUGAUGUAACAAACAAUAUCGCCUGUUUGAGGCUAUACUUCUGAGAAUAA